AUGCGGAUCCUGGAAAUGGGAUGGGAGGCUAGACGUACAGCGGAAACUGCGAUGAAUCGGGAGUCAUCACGUUCGCAUGCCAUGUUCAUCAUAGAUGUCAAAACAGAGGAAAUGGUAAAUACUCUCUUAAAUAAGAAAUGCGCCACAUUGAAUCUCGUCGAUCUUGCGGGAUCGGAAAGGCAAACACAAGCGAAAACUGUGGGCGAUCGAUUCAAGGAAGCAAUCAAUAUCAACUUGUCUCUCACUGUCCUCGGUCGCGUUAUUCGGAAAUUAUCUGCAGCGAAACGCCGUGAUGAACACGCUCCAUAUCGAGAAUCAAAAUUAACCCACAUCCUUCGCGAUUCACUUGGAGGAAACAGCAAAACAGCUGUCAUAGUAAAUGUACAUCCUGAUGUGGAGUACUGCUCUGAAACCUUGUCUACGCUACAGUUUGCUGCUGCUUGUGGUAAAAUUGAAAAUCGAGUGCAUGCAAAUGAAGAUCUAUCUGGAGAUACUGUAAUGGCAUACAAAGAUGAAAUUACUCGCCUGCGUGAGGAAUUGAAAGCGAUUGAAGAAAGAAUCCGUUCAGGUACACUCUUGUAUGCUGGGGCAUUUCCUGAGGGCUUCGUUUAG